AUGUCUGACUCAACAACUGACCAAAAAGACAACUCACUCAAUAAGGACGAGCACGAGAGUUUAUCUUCCCUGACUAUGGGGACGUAUGAAGGAUUUGAUGCUCAAGGUGUACAGAAUUUAGCAAGAACUUAUACAUAUGAGGAUUCCACUUCUGCAGAAGGGUUAUCACGGUACUUAACCCACAUGUCUGAAGUACCCGGAGUAAAUCCCAUUACAGGAGAAAUUGAUGAUGAAAGACUUGAUCCUACUUCGGAUAAUUUUGAUGCUAAAUUUUGGGUAAAGAAUCAACGAAAGUUGUUUGAGACACAGAGGGAUUACUACAAACCAUCUAGUUUGGGAGUAGCUUAUCGUGAUUUGAGAGCUCAUGGAGUUGCAAAUGACACUGAUUAUCAACCAACAGUAACAAAUGCUCUUUGGAAAAUCACCACGGAAGCCUUGGGUCAUUUAAGAAAAGAAGAUGAGUCCAAGAUGUUCGAUAUUUUGAAAGACAUGGAUGCUAUUAUGAGACCAGGUGAGCUUACGGUUGUGUUGGGUAGACCAGGUGCAGGUUGUUCGACGUUGUUGAAAACUAUCGCUGUCAACACCUACGGUUUUCAUAUUGGUAAAGAGUCAAGGAUAACCUACGAUGGCUUAACUCCAAAAGAGAUAACCAAACAUUAUCGAGGUGAUGUUAUCUACUCAGCUGAAACUGAUGUUCAUUUCCCACAUUUGUCAGUUGGUGAUACUUUGCAAUUUGCAGCCAGGAUGAGAACACCACAAAACAGAGGUGAGAAUGUUGACAGAGAAAAGUACGCCGAGCACAUGGCCGAUGUGUAUAUGGCCACCUAUGGGUUGUUACACACAAAGAAUACCAAUGUUGGUAAUGAUUUUGUUAGAGGUGUUUCUGGUGGUGAAAGAAAGAGAGUGUCAAUUGCUGAGGCGUCAUUAAAUGGUGCUAAUAUCCAAUGUUGGGACAAUGCCACGAGAGGAUUAGAUUCAGCCACUGCCUUGGAGUUUAUCCGAGCAUUGAAGACAUCAGCAACAAUUUUAGAAAUCACACCAUUGAUUGCAAUCUAUCAGUGUUCGCAAGAUGCUUAUGAUUACUUCGACAAGGUUGUUGUCUUGUACGAAGGGUACCAAAUCUUCUUUGGUCGUGCAGACAAAGCCAAAGAGUAUUUCGUCAACAUGGGGUGGGAUUGUCCUCAAAGACAAACUACUGCUGAUUUCUUGACAUCAUUAUCCAACCCAGCCGAAAGGACACCACGUCCGGGGUUUGAAGAUAAAGUUCCCCGUACUGCAGAAGAGUUUGAAGCACGGUGGAAAAACUCGCCUGAGUAUGGUGCUUUGAUCAAGGAGAUUGAUGAAUACUUUGUUGAAUGUGAUAACCUCAACACUAAGCAAAAUUUUGAGGAAUCACAUAUUGCUAAGCAGUCGGACCAUGUUAGACCAGAAUCACUGUAUACAGUUUCAUUCUACAUGCAAGUGAAAUAUCUCAUGUACCGUAAUUGGCUUUUGACUAAAGGUGAACCAUCGGUGACAAUAUUUACAAUAGUUGGACAGUUUGCCAUGGGUCUUAUCCUUUGUUCGGUGUUUUAUAAUUUGCAACAAGAUACGGGCUCGUUCUACUAUAGAGGUGCUGCCAUGUUCUUUGCUGUUUUGUUCAAUGCAUUCGCAUCGCUUUUGGAGAUUUUGUCACUUUUUGACGCUAGGCCUAUCGUUGAGAAACAUAAAAAGUAUGCACUCUACCGACCAUCUGCAGAUGCUUUAGCAAGUAUAAUAACUCAACUACCAGUUAAGAUCAUAUCAUCGAUGUCGUUCAAUUUUGUGUUCUAUUUCAUGGUCAACUUCAGACGAAACCCCGGACGGUUCUUCUUUUACUGGUUGAUUUGCUUUUGGUGUACUUUGGUCAUGUCACAUAUUUUCAGAUCUAUUGGAGCCAUGUCUAACUCCAUUUCAUCCUCAAUGACUCCCGCCACUACAAUUUUGUUAGCUAUGGUUAUUUUUACUGGGUUUGUCAUUCCCACACCAAAGAUGUUGGGUUGGUCUAGAUGGAUCAACUAUAUUAACCCUGUGGGAUAUGUGUUUGAAUCAUUAAUGGUUAACGAGUUCAACAAUCGUGAAUUUGUCUGUUCUGAAUAUGUGCCAGUCGGUCCUGGUUAUGAAAAUAUUUCAAGUGAGAACAGAGUUUGCUCAGCUGUGGGAUCAAAACCGGGGAGCUAUAUUGUCAAUGGGUCUGACUACAUCCGAGUUGCAUAUAGCUACUACAACACACACAAAUGGAGGAAUUUUGGAAUCACCGUUGGCUUUGCUGUCUUUUUCUUUUUCCUUUACAUUGCAUUGACCGAGAUUAAUAAAGGUGCCAUGCAAAAGGGUGAAAUUGUUUUGUUCUUGAGAAGCUCCUUGAAGAAAAUCAAGAGACAGAGAUUGGCCAAUGGCGAUACGGAAGCUGGAGCAACAGAGAAACUUCCUUAUGGAGAGGCAGAAACGAAAGGAGGUGAAUCAGAAUUCUCAAGCAACAAUGAGGUCUUCCUAUGGAAGGAUUUGACGUACCAGGUCAAGAUCAAGAAGGAGGAUAGAGUCAUCUUGGACCACGUUGAUGGAUGGGUCAAGCCUGGUCAAAUUACAGCGUUGAUGGGAGCUUCUGGUGCUGGUAAGACUACCUUGUUGAACUGUUUGUCCGAAAGAGUUACCACUGGUGUCAUUACCGAUGGCACGAGGUUGGUCAAUGGGCACUCACUUGACUCGUCAUUCCAAAGGUCUAUUGGAUACGUGCAACAACAAGAUUUACACUUGCCUACCUCGACGGUCAGAGAGGCGUUGCAAUUUUCUGCAUACUUGAGACAAUCAGACAAGAUCUCCAAGAAGGAGAAGGACGAAUAUGUUGAUUAUGUGAUUGACUUGUUGGAAAUGACCGAAUAUGGUGACGCAUUAGUAGGUGUUGCCGGGGAAGGAUUGAAUGUUGAACAGAGAAAGCGUUUAACCAUUGGUGUUGAAUUGGUAGCCAAGCCUAAGUUGUUAUUGUUCCUUGAUGAGCCUACGUCUGGAUUGGAUUCACAAACCGCAUGGUCUAUUUGUAAAUUGAUGAGAAAGUUGGCAGACCACGGACAAGCUAUUUUGUGUACGAUCCACCAACCAUCAGCAUUGUUGUUGCAAGAGUUUGACCGCUUGUUGUUUUUGCAAAGAGGUGGUAAGACGGUUUACUUUGGUGACUUGGGAGAAAAUUUUGAAACUUUGAUUAGCUAUUUUGAGAGAAAUGGUGCCGACCCAUGUCCCAAAGAGGCAAAUCCAGCUGAUUGGAUGUUGCAAGUGGUUGGUGCGGCUCCUGGAUCGCAUGCAAAGUUUGACUACUUUGAGGUUUGGAAAAACUCUCGUGAAUACACUGAAGUUCAAAAGGAGUUGGACACCAUGGUAGUUGAGUUAUCAAAACUUCCUCGUGAUGAUGAUCUAGAAACAAAGUUUAAAUAUGCAGCUCCAAUCUGGAAACAAUAUCUCCUUGCUACUAAAAGAGCAAUGGUACAAAAUUGGAGAUCACCAGGAUUCAUCUAUGCCAAAUUUAUUUUAGUCGUUUUGGCAUCAUUGUUCAAUGGAUUUUCCUUCUUCAAGGCUGACAAGUCGAUACAAGGCUUGCAAAAUCAAAUGUUUUCGGUAUUUCUUUUUUUUGUUCCAUUCAAUACCCUUAUUGAACAAUUACUUCCUCAGUACGUGAAGCAAAGAGAGGUCUAUGAAGUUAGAGAGGCACCUUCAAGAACAUUCAAUUGGUUUGCUUUCAUAAUGGCGCAAAUAACAGCUGAGUUUCCCCCUCAGAUAUUAGUUGGUACAAUGGCGUACUUUUGUUGGUAUUACCCAAUUGGUCUAUACGCAAAUGCGGAGCCCACACACUCUGUGAAGGAACGAGGCGCGUUGAUGUGGUUGUUUAUCAAUUCGUUCUUUGUGUACACCAGUACUAUGGGUCUCAUGUGUAUCUCGUUUCUUGAGUUGGCCGACAAUGCCGCCAAUCUUGCCACAAUAUUAUUCACAAUGUGUUUGAAUUUUUGUGGUGUUCUCAAGCCUGGAGAUAAGCUUCCACGAUUUUGGAUAUUCAUGUACCGUGCCAAUCCAUUCACUUACAUGGUGCAGGGAAUUUUAACCACAGCAUUGGCGAAUUCCAAAGUUAUAUGCAGCAAGGCGGAGUUAUUGGAUUUGAAUCCACCUGAGGGGUACACAUGUCAUGAAUUUUUACAGCCAUACGUUGACUCUGUUGGUGGGUACAUAUCAGAUGGAAAAAAUGGUUGCCAGUUGUGUCCCAUGAGUUCAACAAACACCUUUUUGGAUUCAAUUGAUGCAAGCUAUAGUGAAAGAUGGAGAAACUUUGGAUUGGUUAUUGUGUUUAUUGCAAUUAAUAUUGUAUUUACUGGAUUCUUCUACUGGUUGGCUAGAGUGCCUAAAGGAGAUCGUCAAAAGAUCAAGAAUAAAGAAUAA